AUGGCCCAGCCUUCUGGAGAAUCCCUGUUGAACGCAGAGUUUGAUGCUCUUGUGGAAGAACAGCUCGAGCUAUGGAAAGUGCCCGGCCUAACAAUCGCAAUUGUCCAAGGUUCCAAAACGUAUUCCAAGGCAUAUGGGUUCGCCGAACUCCCCGACAAGAAGAUGACGACCGAUGCACUCUUCUCGACCUGCAGUACUACCAAGGCAUUCACUGCUGCAGCGACGUCCAUGGCAAUCCAGGAUAGCAAAGCUACCGCGUCACCUUUCGACUGGGACACCCCAAUGUCCACGCUGAUUUCAGACGAUUUCGUGCUACCAGAUGACUACUACACUAAAAACGUUACGAUCGAAGAUCUGCUGUCGCAUCGAUCCGGCAUGGCGCCCAAUAUGUGGGUACUUGCCUGUACUGAAAAGGACCUGACUUUGCGCGAGACUGUUCGUUCGUUGCGAAACCUGCCUCUCUCGGAACCCCUGAGAACCAAGUAUCAAUAUAACAAUCACGGGUACAUCGCAGUUACGUACGCCCUUGAGAAGCUUACAGGAGAACCUCUGGCGAAAAUGUUGAAGAGACGGAUCUGGGAACCAUUGGGGAUGAAAGAGACCUACUUCUCCAUCCAAGAGGCCAAAGCAAACCCGGAUAGUGCACAAAAGUUCGUCCAAGGCUACGGAUGGCAUCAGACCGAUGAAUGCGGCUCCUAUAACCCGGAGCCUGUAAUGUCUUGGGAUGCUUCUACCGGUGCCGGAUCUAUGGUUAGCAAUGUUCUUGACUAUUCGCACUGGAUACGAGAACAGAUCCAUAAGACUGGUCCACUCAAGGGUCAUGACUCGCUUACACGGCCCCGGAUACUGCACUUUGAAAGUGGGGAUAUCCCGCCUGGUCCGUGGCACGCAUAUGCGCUAGGUUGGUUUUGCGACCACUACCGUGAUCAGCCUCUCUACACCCACCCUGGUGGCUGGCCUGGCUUUGGUUCCCUGAUGGGCUUCUUGCCAAAUAAAGACUUUGGGUUCGCCGUCAUGGGCAAUGCGACCUCGGCCAAUAUUGUUGCAGAAAGAUUAAUCGUGCACCUCUUUGACAAGAUUUUAGAUCUUCCAAAUGAUCCCAGAUAUAACAAGGAGCUUGCAGCAUGUUUUGCAAAGCAGCGCGAGGAAUGGGACCGAAUGGUCACACCUCCAAGCUUAGAUGAUAUGAGGGCCGAGCUCUAUCCUUCUUUGCCUGAUCCCCCAUUGCCUUUGUCCUUGCCAAUGGAGAAGUAUGCCGGGACCUACACACAUAAGGCAAGUUGUUCGGUUUCCCUGACGGUCUGGGAGGGUCGUUUGACAGCAGACUCCUCUGGGCCCAACCCAUUAUGCCUAGAGCUGAUACAUGUGAGUGGGGAGUUCUUUAUUGGAAAACUAUGGAACAAAAGGGGUAUCUAUUUCAAGAAGUUCCCUGUGGAGUUCUCUGUUGAUUCUACAGGAACGGCUCAUAAGGUUGGGAUGCUUCUCGAGCCCGCUUUGGGUGAAGAAAAGAUCUGGUUCGAGCGCAAAAAAUAG